UAAAUCCAGAGAGUGAGUAAUGAAAUAAAAAGCAAAGUAGCAGUGGUUGGUUGCAGAAACCAAAUCAGAAGAAAAUGGACAAGGCACCAGCAACCGGAUGCUACAAGUGCGGCCGACCAGGCCACUGGUCACGUGACUGCCCUUCCUCCGCCGCUGCCCCAAAUUCCAAUUCUAACCUCGAUCCUAAUCCCAAUCCCAAUCCCAAUCCUAACCCUAACCCUAAGCCUACCAAUCCCAAUCCCAAUUCCUCUUCUUAUUCUUUCAAGAGCGGUACUGGUGUAGGAGGAAGCGGUGCUUCGAAGGCGAAAAAGGUGUCAGUUCCGAAGACUCGGCCGAAGCUGACCCCGCAGCUGCUUCUCUCAGAUGAUGGCCUCGGCUACGUCCUCCGCCACUUCCCUCGCGCUUUCAAGUACCGUGGCCGCGGAAACGAGGUUAGAGAUUUGGGGAACCUAAUUGGGCUGUACACCGAAUGGCACUCACGUUUGCUCCCAUAUUACUCAUUCGAUCAAUUUGUUCAUAAGGUCGAACAAGUUGCUUCCACUAGACAAGUAAAGAUGUCUCUUAGAGAAUUGAGAGAAAGAGUUGCAAGUGGAGGAGACCCGACAAAGUUGCGUGAACCACCAGUCGAACAAGGCAAUCCAAAUGAUCAACAGGAAACCUUGAACCCUGAGGGACCAAGCCAUCAGCCGGGAGGUUCGUCUUCAGGGAACCAUGAUGCUGAUGAUAUGCAGGAAGAUAUGCUUCACGAAAUUUACGAGAAAGCCACUGAAGAACCCUCUGAGAAUUUGCAUGGUGAUAUGGUUGCUCCUAGUAUAUCUGCACCUGGUAGUUUUCAGAAAGAAUUAACCAAUCAAGUUCCAAAUAAUGAAGCUAGUGAAUCCAAGGAAAAUCAGAUGACAGAUGAACAGAGAGCACGAAUGGAAGCUAGCAGAUUGAAGGCCCUUGAGAAAGCUGCAGCAAGGCGCCGCCAAUUGCAAGUGACUUGAGUUUCUGUUUUUCUUCUGUCCUGUUCUAAAUUCUGUUUCAUUGUGUUGAGCUAUGGAUGGCAAUUGAACUCAUGGAUAAUAGGCAUCAAGGCAGAAGUUUGUGUCUUGAUAUUCUUUGUACGACAAAGUUUUUCUUCAUAUUUUUGUUUUGUUAUGUUUUGUCUGGGGCCUCUCUUUCUUGUAAUGUUUGGUCUAGACUGGCCCAGUCUGUGUGGGUCAAGGAUGUUGGGCUUCCGUGGACGAGUGUAUGUAUUAAAUUCAAAGUCAUAUAAGUAAGUAGGGUAUAAUAAUAAUAUUAGCA